AUGUACACGUGUCGAAAACAAAAAAAAAGAAAAAAAUUUCAUCGCCACACAAAAGUAUACGGUAUGUAAAGGCGCAGCAUGUUUUGUUUCAGGGUCUCGCAGCGAUUUCAGUGAUUUUCAGCACUUCCCGAUGUUUUUCAAAAAAAUGAGCUGAAAUUCGAAUUCACCAGUUUUUUCUUGAUUUUUAGAGCCCAAGAAACUCCCCAAAAGCGAUAUUUUCUUACGGUACUCUUGAAGGCGCACAACUCUAUACACCUGGGUCUCGCAGCGAUCCACAUUUUUACUUUUAUUUUUUCGCAAAAUUUUUCCAUUUUUUUCAUUUUCAACACAGUUUUUCCACUCUAAAAGCCUAGCAAAGAUGAAAUUAUCUCUGCAAACAUCAAACAUCCACAAAUGUCAUCAUUUUGUGUACGUGCAAAAUGUAAAAAUAUUCAAGAGACAUGCGCUUACGUGACUUCUAGCAAGUUCAAAAUUUCCUCCUCCCCUCAAAAAAAUGCUACUAUAAAAGUGUCAUUUUCUUACAAAAUAAAAAAAAUCGUUUAUCUUUCAAACAACACUCUAGUCUAGUCAAGUUCAAAAAAACAAUUUUCUCUCUCACUCUCUUUCUCUGCGUCUCUCACCUCUCCUUUUCUCUUUUUCUGUUUCUCUACGGGCGGUUUUCGUCGUUUUUGCACUUUUUCAUGUAAUUUUUGCGGAUUUUCAGAAAUGAUUGGAUGCGCGAGAAAAGCUGGAAGUUCGGGCAAGUCACUUUAUCGGAUAACUGUCAGAAAUUUCGACCCGUUGGAGGCUAAAAUGGCUCAAAAACGUGUGAGUUCUUUUGGGGGAGGUUUGGGAGAAAAAUAUAAAAAAUGCUUGAAAAUAUCGAUUUCCUGAGGAAAUUCUGGUGAAAAUCCUGUGAAAUAACUGAAAAUCAACACAUUUUUGUCAAAAAUGAUGCAAUUUUCAUGAAAAAUUCGUGAAAGUGAGAAAAGUCACGUAAAAUACCGGGCUACAAAGAAAUCUUAUGAAUUUCGCUUUUUUUGUGAUUUUUCUUCUCACUGUUUCACGAAAAUAAUUUUAUUUUCAAAGAUUUUAAAUUUUCAGUAAAGUACAAAAUAUAGAAAUUUCACUGUUUCGUAAUUUAAAGAAAGUAAAAUCUGAAUUUUUCAUGCAAUGAUUUAAGAUUAUUGAUAUUUCAAGUAAAUUUUCGAGGAACCCUUUUUCACAAUAAAAAAACUGUAUAUUUGUAUCAAAAAAAUAUACGUUUCAAAAUGUUCUCAUAAAUAAAAUUUUCAAAGAAAUUCGUUUUAACAUUUUUUCCUUCUAAAAAAAAUUACUGUUUCAAAAACAUGAAUUCAAUUGUUGAAUUGUUGAAUUUCCGAUUUUUUGACCAAUUUAUAUACAAAAAUCAAAAAAAUCUGAGGAAAAACUAAGGAAAAACUGAAUAUUUCAAUUUUCUCAUACCAAAAAAAUCUACUGUUUCAAAAUUUUCCCAAAUUUUUUUCGAAGUAUUGGUUUGAUGUUAUACUUCUCAAAAUUGUUAGGAAAAACCAAAUAUUUCAAUUUUUCUCGUACCAAAAAAAAUCCACUGUUUCAAAAUUUUCAUAAAUAAAAUUAUGGAAAAUUUGCUUUCAUUAUGUUUCAUAACUUUUACUUCCGAAUAAAUCUCUAUGUUCUAAAAAAACUGAGUUUAAAAUUUGAGUUGGUUAUUUUUUCGUGUAAGUUCUUUUGGGGGUAAUUUGAGGAAAAAUGCUUGAAAAUAUCGAUUUCGCAAGGAAAUUCUGAUGAAAAACCUGUGAAAUAACUGAAAAUAAACAAAUUUUGGCCAAAAAUGAUGCAAUUUUCAUGAAAAAUUCACUAAAAGUGAGAAAAGUCACGUAAAAUACCUGGCUACAAAGAAAUCUUAUGAAUUUCGCUUUUAUUUGUGAUUUUUCUUCUCACUGUUUAACGAAAAUAAUUUUAUUUUCAAAACUUUUGAAUUUUCAGUAAAAGUACAAAAUAUAGAAAUUUCACUGUUUCGUAAUUUAGAGAAAGUAAAAUCUUCAUUUUUCAUGCAAUGAUUUAAGAUUGUUGAUAUUUGAAGAAUUUCAAGGAACCUUUUUUCACAAUAAAAAACUGUAUAUUUUUGUCGAAAAAUAUACGUUUCAAAAUGUUCUCAUAAAUAAAAUUUUCAAAGAGUUUCGUUUUCAAUAUUUUUUUCAACUUUAAAAAAUUUCACUGUUUCUAAAAAUAAAUAAAAUUAUUGAGUUUACUAGUUUUUCUAGUGUCCAGUUUUUCGCUAUUUCCUGAAGAAAAUCUACUGUUUCAAAAUUUUCCCAAAUUGUUUUUUUCGAAAUAUUAGUUUGAUGUUUUUGAUGUUUGUGAUUCUCAAAAAUCUCGUGAAAAACUAAAUAUUCAAAUUUUUCUCAUCCCUAAAAAAUCCACUGUUUCAAAAUUUUCAUAAAUAAAAUUCAGGAAAACUUGGCUUGAUCGAUGUUUUCUACAAUUAAUGUUCACUGUUUCAAAAACAUGAAUUUCCGAUUUUUAACCAAAUUAACAUACAAAAAUCAUGAAAAUGUUCCAAAAAUCUGAGGAAAAACUGAAUGUUUCAAUUUUCUCAUACCAAAAAAAUCUACUGUUUCAAAAUGUUCUCAUAAAUAAAAUUUUCAAAGAUUUUCGUUUUGGCAUCUUUUUCCUUUUGAAAAAUUUCACUGUUUCAAAAAAUCAAUGAAAUCAUUGAGAGUUGAAUAGUUUUUCUAGUGUGAAGUUUUGAGGUAUUCCCUUAAGAAAAUCUACUGUUUCAAAAUUUUCAUAAAUAAAAUCCAGAAAAACUUGGUUUGAUCUGCCAUCGUUACUUUUUCUAAAAUAAAAUUUCACUGUUUCAAAAACAUGAAUUCAAUUGUUAAAUUGUUGAAUUUCCGAUUUUUUGACCAAUUUAUAUACAAAAAUCAAAAAAUCUGAGGAAAAACUGAAUGUUUCAAUUUUCUCAUCCCUAAAAAAUCUACUGUUUCAAAAUUUUGAUAAAUAAAAUUAUGGAAAAUUUGAUUUGAUAAUUCUUCGCUAAAUUUUACUUCCGAAUAAAUCUCUAUGUUCUAAAAAAACUGAGUUUAAAAUUUGGGUUGGUUAUUUUUUCUAGUGUCAAGUUUUGAAGUAUUUCCUGAAGAAAAUCUACUGUUUCAAAAUUUUCCCAAAUUUUUUUCGAAAUAUUGGUUUGAUGUUUGUGAUUCUCAAAAAUGUCGUGAAAAACGAAAUAUUUCAAUUUUUCUUAUACCAAAAAAAUCUACUGUUUCAAAAUUUUCAUAAAUAAAAUUCAGGAAAACUUGGCUCGAUCGAUGUUUUCUAAAACGAAAUUUUACUGUUUCAAAAACAUGAAUUUCCGAUUUUUUGACCAAUUUAUAUACAAAAAUCAAAAAAAUCUAAAAAAAAAACUAAAUUUUUCAAUUUUCUCAUCGAUAAAAAAUCUACUGUUUCAAAAUUUUCAUAACAUUUUGAAAUUGCUAAGUUUGAAAAAAAUCCAAAAAUUUUGCAGGCCGAAGUCCAACGUGCCCAACAACAACAACUCGAACAAUCCGACGGUCAAAUCGGCACCGAUCCAAAUUCCUCUCCACAAAAAUCCACAACAUAUUCCACAAAAUCCGACUUCCAACAAUCAGUUUUCGACACCAGAUUUCAAGGAUCCGACGCAGAAUCCGGACAAAAACCGACGAAAAUGCAGCGAAAAUUUUUGGUGCUCACAAAAUUGUAUCCACAUCAAGAUGCUAUUCCCGAAUAUGUACAGUUAGUUGAUUUGUUUUUUUGGGAGGGAGGGAAAAUUUUAUUUUUCAAAGAUCAUCUAAUUUGAUUAACGUAAUUUUAAAAGCAAAACAAAAUUUUUUUCGAAAAAAAAAGGUUAAUUUUUGUCACAUUUUUUCACUGUUUCAAAUAAUUUCAAGAUUGAAAUUUUUCAAAAUUAAAUUUUUUCACUGUUUCAAAUUUUUCAUUAAACAAAAUUUUUGUUUCAAAAAUUCAUUCCCAAAAAACUAUAUUUUUUACGUUUCAAAAAUUUCCUAUAUUUUGGAAUUCAAAAUUCCUGAGCUUCUUUAAUUUUUAUUUUCUUGGCAAUCAAUUAAAAUUCCUCAUUUUUUCACUGUUUCAGAAAUCUUAUGAUUUUUUUUUUUAAUUUAUGAGAUUUCUGAAGCUGUUUCUUAUGAUAGAAAUUAUUCUAACAAAAUUUUCAAAAAAAUUAAUUUUUUACUGUUUCAAAAAAUUCCAUGAAUCCUGAAAUUCCAAAUUUCUGAGCUCGUCGAUGAUCCUGGUUAAAAAUCAAUCAAAAUUCCUCAAUUUUUCACUGUUUCAAAAAUCUCAUAAAUUUUUUUUAAAUUUGAGUUUCGUUAAUCUCAUUUUUGAAAGCAGUUGUCCAUGAUAAAAAUUAUUCUAACAAAAUUUUCAAAAAAUUUAAUUUUUCACUGUUUCAAAAAUUUAAUUUUCAAAUUCUAAAUUUCUGAGCUAAGUUAAUGUUCCUGGUUUGAAAUCAAUUAAAAUUCCUCAAUUUUUCACUGUUUCAAAAAUCUUAUGAUUUUUUUAAUUCAAAUUUUCAAAGAUUUUAUUUUGUGACUCUUCAACAGUAAAAAAACUAACAAAAACAACUGAAUUUUUUACUGUUUCAAAAAUCUCAUAAAUUUUUCUAAAUUUGAAUUUCGUUAAUUUGAAUUUCGUAAGCUGUUGUCUAUGAUAAAAAUUAUUCUAAAAAAAUUUUCAAAAAAAUUAAUUUUUCACUGUUUCAAAAAUUCCAUGAAUCCUGAAAUUCAAAAUUUCUGAGCUAAGUUAAUGUUCCUGGUUUGAAAUCAACUAAAAUUCCUUAAUUUUUCACUGUUUCAAAAAUCUUAUGAUUUUUUAAAUUCAAAUUUUCAAAGAUUUCAUUUUGUGAUUUUGCAGCAGUAAAAAAACCCAACAAAAACAACUGAAUUUUUUACUGUUUCAAAAAUUCAAUAUAUUUUUUUAAAUUUGAAUUUCGUUAAUUUGAAUUUCGUAAGCUGUUGUCUAUGAUAAAAAUUAUUCUAACAAAAUUUUCAAAAAAAAAAAUUAAUUUUCACUGUUUCAAAAAUUUCCUAUAUUUUGGAAUUCAAAAUUUCUGAGCUCAUGUUGAUGUUCCUGGUUUAAAAUCAAUUAAAAUUCCUCAAUUUUUCACUGUUUCAAAAAUCUCAUAAUUUUUUUUUAAAUUUGAAUUUCGUAAGCUGUUAUCUAUGAUAAAAAUUAUUCUAACAAAAUUUUCGAAAAAUUUAAUUUUUCACUGUUUCAAAAAUUCCAUGAAUCCUGAAAUUCAAAAUUUCUGAGCUAAGUUAAUGUUCCUAGUUUGAAAUCAAUUAAAAUUCCUCAAUUUUUCACUGUUUCAAAAAUCUUAUGAUUUUUUAAAUUCAAAUUUUUAAAGAUUUCAUUUUGUGACUUUGCAACAAUAAAAAAAACUAACAAAAACAACUGAAUUUUUCACUGUUUCAAAAAAUUCAUAAUUUUUUUAAAUUUUGAAUUUCGUUAAUUAGAUUUUUGUAAUCUGUUGUCUAUGAUAAAAAUUAUUCUAAAAAAAUUUUCAAAAAAAUUAAUUUUUCACUGUUUCAAAAAUUCCAUGAAUCCUGAAAUUCAAAAUUUCUGAGCUAAGUUAAUGUUCCUAGUUUGAAAUCAAUUAAAAUUCCUCAAUUUUUCACUGUUUCAAAAAUCUUAUGAUUUUUUUAAUUCAAAUUUUCAAAGAUUUUAUUUUGUGACUCUUCAACAGUAAAAAAACAAAUAAAAACAACUGAAUUUUUUACGUUUCAAAAAUCUCAUAAUUUUUUUUAAUUUUGAAUUUCGUUAAUUAGAUUUUUUGUAAUCUGUUGUCUAUGAUAAAAAUUAUUCUAAAAAAAUUUUCAAAAAAAUUAAUUUUUCACUGUUUCAAAAAUUCAAUAUAUUUUCACAUUCAAGUUUUCUAAGCUCACUUUAAUGUUCCUGGUUGAAAAUAAAUUAAAAUUCCUCAAAUUUUCACUGUUUCUUAUGAUUUCUUCUUAUGAGAAAUCUUAUGAUUUUUGAAAUCCAAAUUUUCAAAGAUUUUAUUGUCUGACUCUUCAUCAGUAAAAAAAACCAACAAAAACAACUGAAUUUUUUACGUUUCAAAAAUCUCAUAAAUUUUUUUAAAUUUGAAUUUCGUUAAUUUGAUUUUUGUAAACCGUUGUCUAUGAUAAAAAUUAUUCUAACAAAAUUAUCAAAAAAAAAAUUUUUUUUUUCACUGUUUCAAAAAUUCCAUGAAUCCUGAAAUUUAAAAUUUCUGAGCUCAUGUUAAUGAUCCUGGUUAAAAAUCCCAAAUUUUCCUACAGUAACGGAACAAUGAAUCGAAUGCACGAUCGAAUGCGAGUCGUCUACAUCAUAACCGCCUCGAUCUUCUUCUUCUCCACAUUUUACAUUGCCGAAAAAUCGAUGGCCGCUAAAAUCAGCCGCGAUCGAGAUGCUGGAGUUGUUGUAACUAAAAUGUAGAGAAUUUUUUAGUCAUUUAUUUUUAAGGCCUUAAAAAUUGUGUGUUUUUUAAUCUUAAGUACGGUUAUUAUAGGGUUUUUUCUUUUUUUCUGAUACAAAAAUUAAAAGUUUUUUUUUUUGGAAAAUUUUCCGAGCAUCCGUUCAAUCGGUCUUGUUAUUCCUUUGAAUUUUUCCGAUUUUUUUUGAAAUUUUUUUUUCAAAUUCCAAAAAUUUUUUUCCAGAUGGGAAUCUUCAGAAAAGCUUUGAUGAAUGUCGCUGGAGUCAAAGAAGAGGAGCCGAAAAAAGGAACUUAUGAGUGGAAAAAGGAGAAUUUGAGCCCGGAGCAGAUGGCAAGAACUAUGGAUAAUAAGGAGAAAUAUAGUGGUGUGAGUGAUUUUUGGGGGGUACUGUAGGCGAAAAUUUGGAAUUUUUUGAAUAUAAAUAUGAUAGGGGAAUUUCUCAAAGCGAAAAUUCAGCUUUUGGGUACUGUAGGAGGGUCCUGAAGCGAAAAUUCAGCAAUUUCUGAUUUUUCAAAGCUUUUGGUUACUGUAGGAGGGUCCUGAAGCGAAAAUUCAGCAAUUUCUGAUUUUUCAAAGCUUUUGGUUACUGUAGGAGGGUCCUGAAGCGAAAAUUGAGCAAUUUCUGAUUUUUCAAAGCUUUUGGGUACUGUAGGAGGGUCUUGAAGCGAAAAUUUAGCAAUUUCUGAUUUUUUGAAGGUUUUGGUUACUGUAGGAGGGUUCCUGAAGCGAAAAAAAGUGAUUUUUUUUCGCAGAUCCCAGCAAUUCCAGUCGACAUUGGUUUUCACGGCGGAAAAAAUACGAGCGGCGCAAAAAGCACCGGAUUCUUCUCGAAUGCCGCCUCAAAUCCUGGAGUUAUUGUUGGAAUGGCGGCGACUACUGUAGCUUUGCUUGGAAUGUUUAGGUAGGGUUUUGUAAGGGGGUUUUAUCAGAAAUUUCAUUGAAACGGGGAGUUUUUCGAAAAAAUUUAUUUUGAAACAGUAAAAAAAUUAAUUUCUGAAGAUGUCAAAAAUUUUGUCAUUGAAUAUCGAAAAUUAAAAAAAAAAUUUGGAAUCAUAUUGAAACAGUGAAAUUUUUGAUAAAUAAAAAAUGAACCCUAUAAUAGAUGUCAAUACUUAUUACAUAUAAAUCGCAAAAAUUUUUGCUCGAAAAAAUUUAAAAUUUUUUGAAACGUAUUUUUUCCUGAAACAUUAUAGACGGGUUUAUUAAAAAAUUUAAAAAUUCAAAUUUUUAAUGAAAAAUUUUUGAAACAGUAAAAUUUAUCUACAAAAAAUUUAAAAAAAGCAUUUUAUUUCCAACCCAAAUUUUUCAAGAGAAACUUUUGAAACAGUAAAUUUUUUCUCGAAAAAAAUCCCGAUGUAAAAUUUAAAAAUUCAAAUUUCUGGUGAAAAAUUUUUGAAACAGUAAAAAAUGUUUCCUACAGAUCCUUUUUCUGAACAUUUUGACUAUCAUUUUAUUCCCGUUUAACAUUAAAUUCAAAAACUCAAAUUUUUCAAGAGAAAAUUUUGAAACAGUGAAAUUUUUGAUAAAUAAAAAAUCCCGAUGUAAAAUUUAAAAAUUCAAAUUUCUGGUGAAAAAAUUCUUGAAACAGUAAAUUUUUUCUCGAAAAAAAAUCCGAUGUAAAAUUUGAAAAUUCAAAUUUCUGGUGAAAAAAUUUUUGAAACAGUAAUUUUUAUCUACUAAUUGUAAGAAUUUGAAAGAACAUUUUAUUACCAACCCAAAUUUUCAAAUAAAAAUUUUGAAACAGUAAAUUUUUUUCAAAAAAAAAUCCCGAAGUAAAAUUUAAAAAAUUUUUGAAACAGUAAUUUUUAUUUAUGAAAAAUUCGAAAAUAACAUUUUAUUUCCAACAAAAAUUUUCAAAUAAAAAUUUUGAAACAGUAAAUUUUUGAUAAAUAAAAAAUGAACCCUAUAAUAGAUGUCAAUACUUAUUUCAUAUAAAUCGCAAAAAUUUUGGCUCAAAAAAAUUUAAGAUUUUUUGAAACGUAAUUUUUUCCUGAAACAUUAUAGACGUGUUUAUUAAAAAUUUGAAAAUGCUGAUUUUUCAAUUGAAAAUUUUUGAAACAGUGAAAUUUAUCACUUAUAACUUGAAGCUAGCAUUUUAUUCUCAGCAAAAAUUUUCAAAUAAAAAUUUUGAAACAGUAAAUUUUUUCUCGAAAAAAAAUCCGAUAUAAAAUUUAAAAAAUUCAAAUUUCUGAUGAAAAAUUUUUGAAACGUAUUUUUUUUUCGAAAAAAAAAUCUGAACAGUAUUCCCGUUUAAAAUUAAAUUUAAAAAUUCAAAUUUUUAAUGAAAAAUGUUUGAAACAGUAGAAUUUUUUAACAAUAAUUCGCAUGCAUCAUUUUAUUUCCAACCCAAAUUUUCAAAUAAAAAUUUUGAAACAGUAAAUUUUUUCUCGAAAAAAAUCCCGAUGUAAAAUUUAAAAAUUCAGAUUUCUGGUGAAAAAAUUUUGAAACAGUAAAAAAUUGUUCUACAGAUCCUCAUUCAUCGGCGACAAAGUUGGCGCGCAAAAAAUGAUGCAAUACCGUAUAAUGGCACAAUUCUUCACUGUCACCGCUUUAGUUGCCGGUGUCACCAUUUUUGGUGCAACUUAUGAAGAUGACGAACACAGUACCCAGAAGCAAUGA